AGUCAUUCAUUCAUCCAGGUGCGUCUCUGAGCGUCUCAGCAGCGCCUUUGUGAACAUGGGAAACCCGCGAGUUUUCUUUGACAUGACUAUCGAUGGCGCCAACGCUGGCAGGAUAGUAAUGGAGCUCCGGGCUGACGUGGUCCCAAAGACUGCAGAAAAUUUCCGUGCUUUGUGCACCGGAGAAAAAGGUUUCGGCUACAAAGGCUCCACGUUUCACCGUGUCAUCCCGAGAUUCAUGUGCCAGGGUGGGGACUUUACAAACCACAAUGGAACUGGAGGUAAAUCCAUCUAUGGGGAGAAGUUUGCUGAUGAGAACUUCCAGUUGAAGCACACAGGCAUGGGCACCCUGUCCAUGGCUAAUGCUGGACCCAACACCAACGGAUCCCAGUUCUUCAUCUGCACAGCUUCGACCGACUGGCUGGACGGGAAGCACGUGGUGUUUGGCAAAGUUGUGGAUGGCGAAAAUGUUGUCAAGGCAAUAGAGACGUACGGCACGAAGAGCGGCACCCCUAAAGCCAAGGUUGUCAUCGCCGACUGUGGCGAACUAAAAUAGUGCAACAAAGCUCCUUUGACCUGUCAGGUGUGACCUUUAUCACCAACAUCACGGUGACUAUUAAACGAAAUCACAUAGAGAUUAAAAUCUCUUUUACAUACUCUCCACACAAAAAGCGGAAGAUAGUUAAUUUUAGACUUAAUCAGACUUUUUAUGAACAUGGGGAAAAACCCAGUAGGUUACUUGCCUGGCAAAUCAAAUAACUCAAUUCAGAAAAAGCUAUAAAUGCAAAUAGGAAUGAAAAAGGUUUUAAUACAACUGACCCAUUGGAAAUCACUCAAACAUUUGUGUCGUUUUACAGUACACUUUUAUCCAUCAGAUUCCUCAGAUCAGAAAACUUUCUUAGAUGGGUUAGAAAUUCCCACUAUACCAGAAGAGACAAAACUUAGGUUGGAUAAACAGCUAGAUGUUAUAGAUAUCAGUACUGCCAUUAACUGCCAAUUUGAAAAGUGGAAAAGCAGUGGGACCAGACGGACUGCCAAUUGACAUAUUUAAACUAUUCAAAGACAAAUUAAUAGGCCCUUUAAUAGAAAUGUAUGCAGAAGCCUUUGAGUGCGGCCACCUCCCUCCAUCUUUACAAAGCGCUCUAAUUACACUCAUCUUGAAGCUGGGCAAGCUGCCAACUGAGUGUGGGUCUUACAGGCCAAUUUCACUUAUGAACUCUGAUGCAAAAAUUAUAGCGAAAGCCCUAUCCAUGAGACUUGAGAGAGUCCUACCAUCCGUUAUACAUGCUGACCAAAAUGGUUUUGUGAAGAAUCGACAGGGUUUUCAUAAUAUGAGGAGAGUGCUUAAUAUAAUGCAUGCUAAUGUAGGGUCCUCAGACACCGCUAUUCUAUCACUAGAUGCCGAAAAGGCAUUCGAUAGAGUCGAAUGGCCAUAUCUGAUGGAUGUGCUUCGACGUUUUGGAUUUGGGGACUACUUCUGUAAAUGGGUUGAUAUUCUGUUUGCUAAUUCUACGGCUGAAGUCUGUACAAACUACAUGACAUCUCUGCCAUUCAAACUAUCCCGUGGCACAAGACAGGGCUCACCGCUCUCACCCUUACUUUUUGUAAUAGCUAUGGAGCCGCUGGCACUGGCAAUAAGAACGCAUCCAACUAUAUGUGGUAUUAGUGCUGGGGGCGUGGACCAUCGAAUCGCGCUAUUUGCUGAUGACACUAUAGUAUUUCUUUCACACUUAAGAAAAUCAAUACCUUCCCUUUUCGGGCUGUUAGGCAAAUUUGGUAGCGUCACUGGAUUUAAGGUGAACAAAGAGAAAUCUUCAAUUAUGUUUCUGAAUGAAAGUGAAAGAAGAAAACCGACAAUACCCCACCCCUUCACAAAUGCGGUCAGUGGUUUUAAAUAUCUGGGUAUUAACAUAGAUAGAAGACAUCAGUUCAACAAACUAUGAACCCAUUCUAGCGUCAUUAUCUGAAGAUAUUACGAGGUGGAUGACUCUACCUCUUUCCUUAUUAGGUAGAAUAAGUGUAAUUAAAAUGACAAUUUUACCUAAGCUUCUAUACUUGUUCCAAUCGAUCCCAUUAGCUCCUCCACCCUCACUCUUUUCAAAAAUCAGAAAGCUGUUUUUGAGCUUUAUCUGGAUUAAUGGAAAGCCAAGACUCAGGUUGUCCCCUCUAUAUUGCCAUGUUCCAUUGAACCUGUCGUCAUGUUGCCAUGUUCUGGUUUUCUGAAGGAUUAGAUUUGCCCUGGCUACAAAUUGAACUUCUUUCUUUGGGGGAAUUGACGCUGCACAGUUUUUUGUACUCUGCCCCAAUAAAAAUUUUGACGAAAAAAAAUAACAAUCCCUUUCUGAAAAAUACAAUUAGGGUCUGGUAUGAAGUACAUAAAUAUCUAGAAGAUUUACCAAUACUGUCUUGCUUUUCACCAAUUUGGGGCAAUGAACAUUUCAGCCCAGCCAAGAGUGAUUUGGGUUUUAAAAAUUGGUUUAAUAAGGGAAUAACUAAGCUUUUAGAUUUAUACAAUGACAAUAUAUUGCUGCCAUUUGAUGACUUGAAAACUAAGUUCGGCAUCCCGAACAAACACUUCCUUAAAUACUUGCAGAUCAGAAGCUUUAUUUUGUCUCGACUAAAUAAUUCUUCUCAGCAACCUCCAUUGUCCACUCUGGAAUCAUUCUCCAUACAGAACUGCUUCAGCAAGGGGCAGGUUGCUCAAAUAUAUAAAAUUUUGGUUAAUAACAAGGAAAACUCUGAGAGAAAGAGGCGAGAAUGGACACCAGAUUUAAAUGAGGAAAUAUCACUGGAUGAAUGGGAUACAAUGCUCAAGGACCCAUUCUCAGACCAUUAACUCCUGGCUACACUUGAUACAAUACAAGUGGAUAAUGAGAUUGUACACUACGCCUGUAAAAUUGAACAGAUUUAACCCAAAUAUUCCUGAUCUUUGCUUCAAGUGCAGUGUAUAUCAAGGUACUCUGUAUCAUUGCAUAUGGGAGUGUGAGGUUAUUCAAAGAUUUUGGAGUAUGGUGACACAGUAUAUCUCACACUUGACCUCUACCCUGAUUCCUCUAAAUCCUAAAUUGUGUGUUUUGGGUAUCUAUCCAGCUAAUUGCUCUCUACCUAUUAAUGAAAAAAAGGUGGUAAGUCUUUGUCUACUACAGGCUAGGCGCUCAAUCGCCCUGUGUUGGAAAAAUGUUAAUGCUCCUACCCUCAAUAUGUGGCUGAGUAAUCUAAUAUCAACUCUGGCUUUAGAAAGACUCACCUAUGCUAUCAGGAAGAAAACCUCUGAAUUUAAAGACAUUUGGGAAAGAUUUUUAGAGUUUAUUAAACAUGGUGAUAUAGAAGAUGCUUUGUAAAUUAUAGUAUGUAAUUGUGAAGAAAUGUGAAUUUUUGAUGUACCGUGGGAUAUGAGUAAAGGUUGAAGGUUAUAUGCUGCCUGUUCAAGUGGGGAAGUUUCAAAUAUUUUGUUUGUUUAUUUUGUUAUGUGUCUUUUGAUUAAUGUCUGUUUGACUGCUACAUGACUAGGUUUAUUGUGGAAAAUUCAAUAAAGACAUGUUAAAAAAAAAAAAAAUCUCUUUUACAAGUGAGACUUAGCCAAGACGGGGUCAGAAACCAGCAUCAAGCACAUGAACAACAAGUCCAACACAGACACAUCACAACAAACAAAGCAGCAUUAAAUCAGGUCACUUCCAUUAUUCUGACUUUAAAGUCAGUUCAAGAGAAAAGAGUCUUGUUGUUGUGAGUAUUUUGUAUCUUCUUAUCAGUUCUUUGCUAACUAAAUCUGAACACGGUGAUGUUGUUCAUGUUAAUAAAACAAGUGGG